UUUAUAUGCUUGAGAUUAAAAUGGGUCCAGAGGAAAGCGCACGUUUUGUGAGCAGCAUCAGCACCUCUCGAGCCGUGCCUGCAGGAGCUGUGCUCGGUGCAUGUGCUCUGACACACACCUCCCUCUGUGACAGCAUCGCGCUCCUCGCCUGCAAGUGCGCGGACAGACGAGAGACCGCCUAUGUGCUGCAGAUGGACCCAUCAGUGUCCAGCAAAUAUCUGCAGAUGAUUCAGUCAGCCAGGAAUGCAGAGGAGCAAAAUCUAGAGGCAUAUAUGAAGAACGGACAUCUGGUUUUCAGAGCCAUAAAGGAUAUUCCUGAAAACACAGAGCUUUUAGUUUGGUAUGGGAGAGAUCUAGCCAAACUGCUUGGCCUCAGCACAGAGCAAAAGAACACAAAAGGUUUAAUUUGCUCUGAAUGCAAACUGAGUUUUCUCUUUGAAUUCCCUCUGUUGGCACACAAGAGAUUUUUCUGCAUAAAGAAACCUACAAGUUUCUUGAAGAAAAUCACCAUCCCAGAAAUUCAUAGUAGCAAACCUGCCACAAACUUCCACAAUUCAGCACGAGAGCUGGAGAACUGCAGGAAAAACCGUCCCACAGAUACAAAGAGCCCUAAAAGAAGUUGUUCUCUUGAAUCAGACACAGAUGAGAGUGAUGGCGAACCGUCAUCUUUUGACACCCAUGGAGACGAAAAGGUAUUAGUGAAAAGGCUUUGUGUUAAUGGAGUGAAUAGAUGUUCCUGGGCGUCCUCCAGUGAAAAGUCUUUCAGCGAGGGCCAAAAUUCUCCAUGCAGCCAACCACAAUACCAUGACAACUGCACAACAGACCCAGACAACCAGGAUGUGAAAUCUAGUACAAUAGUGACAAAGUCUGCGUUCACCACUAGAGUGUCAAACGAUAUUCAAGGUGACAAGAACAAGAAAAGCGCGUUCACGCGACCUCCUCCUCAUAUCCCGCUGAUGUCAACCAGUCUUACCAACAACCUCAUCACUAACCGGACAUCUAUCCUCCCACUCAACUUCCACAGCUCUGCUUUCCUAAACACAGAUCUUCCAAAACAUUUGGCUCUUCUUUCCAAAGAUGCAAACCUUUGGCCCAAGACCUCCCAUCUGCUGCAUCCACACACUAAUCGUCUGCAGUCGCUACUGACCCCCUCUCUGUCUUCUCUUGGUCUACCUUUCCAGAACUGGUGCGCUAAAUGUAACAUUUCUUUCCAUUUGACAUCGGGCCUGGUGCAACACAUGAGGUCCCACCACAAGAGAGCGCUGUCAGAUGAGAGACAGUCGAGGCACAGGGACCAGAGGCUGAAGUGUCAGAUAUGUAAGGAAACAUUCAGAGAGCGUCAUCACCUGUCACGUCACAUGACCUCUCAUACAUAA